AUGAUACUAAUAAAAACAAUACUGACCUUCCUUCUUUUGGCCAAUGUUGUAUUCACACAGAACAAUUCCACAACCGGCACUACAUCAAAAAUGAACACAACAACAACAACAAUGAAUCUAAUAACAUCAACCCCAACAGCAACAACGCGGAACAGAACAAAUUCAACAACAACAACAACAACAGCAACAAAACAGAACACAACAAAUACAACAACAACAACAACAGCAAUACAGAACACAACAAAUUCAAAUUCAAAAACAACAAUCGCAGCAGCAACAACACAGAAUACAACAAAUACAACAACAUCAACAACAACAACAACAGCUACAACAACACAGAACACAGCAAAUUCAACAACAAUACCAGCAACUGCAGCAGCAACAACAAAGAACACAACAAAUUCAAAUUCAACAAUAACAACAACAGCAACAACAACAGAGAACACAACAAAUUCAACAAUAACAACAACAGAGAACACAACAAAUUCAACAACAACAGCAGCAGCAACAACAACCCGGAACACAACAAAUUCAACAACAACAACAGCAGAUAAAACAACAAAUCCAGCAGUGAAAACGACAACAUAUACUCCAGGUACUACCGAUGGAAAGUGUGUCAAUGUUGAGCGUAACUUUUGUCAAAAUGGCGGAGUUUGUAAAGGAAAGAAGGAUUCAUCCAAUAAAAUCACAUCGAUCUGUUAUUGUCGUGGAGGUUACUAUGGUGAUAGAUGUCAGCUGUCAUCUGAUGACGAUGAAAGAAAAUGGCAAUUGUACAAACAACUUGCGUACGCCCUGGGUGGUACGACAGGAUUCUUGUUAAUAGUCAUUGCUUUUAUGAUUUCCUGUAGAAAUAAAGAACUGCGGAAGGGAAGUGCGGUUUUAAGCUACUCGAAAGAACUCGAUGACUUCACGAUUGCAAACAAACGCGCCAGUGCCGUUAUAUCGAAUCCGAACACUCACAAACUCGAUAUGUAUUCAAAUGGAAGCGUAGAGAAAUCGAACUUGGAAUAUUAAACGACCGACUCGAUUCAACUAGGUAAUAAAACUACUGAGGAAAUUAAUUUUUUUCUGUCGGAGUGGGUAACUUCUUCUUCUUCUGUCACGACUAAAAGAGAUAGUAAACAAGAAAAGAUAUAAAAUGUAAAUAAAUUUAAUAAGAGUUUUUAAGAAAUAAAUUUUUAAUAUUCAAAGUAGUUUUUAGAUGUAUAGUACAGAUCGAUUAUAUUUUAUUUUUGGUUUUACCCGCAUGAAUAUUCGUGAUAUCUGCUUUAGAAAGGUUUCUCACUUUAUUUUUAAAACCAACCCGUGUCUAGCUUACAGAGUUUCUUUUCAUUCUAAAAUUAGUUUUAAAAGUUAACAUAUUUUUAAAUUAAGGUUUUUUAUGAGUUUAGCCAUGUUUAGGUAAUCAGACAUGUUUUUUAAAGUCCUGCUUUAAAGAUGUAACUUUGUUCUGUUUUAAUAUAUUUUAUUGACAUUUUUAAAAGAAAGUUUCAGAUACGGCAGCUAUAUUUUUUCUUUUCGGCGAAGUCCCUCAUAACAAAAUUAUAUAUUUUUUCUUAUUGUUUAUUCAAAGGAGUGUAAAUUUAAGGCCCUCCCUUUAAUGCUGUAGGUUUUGUAAUUUCCAUCGCUUGCGUUUUUUUUUCUCGUGAGCGGACGCGGUAGCAAGAUAAUUUUCGUUUGUUUCAUAAAAGAUAGCACAAGUCAUAAAAACCACGCCCUACACUGAACCAGAGGAAGAUUUUGAAUGUUCUUAUUUUUUGCCUUUUACAGUCAAAAAAAUGUUCAAAUGUUAAACAGUAAAUCAUAUGCAAAGUCAUUUUAUAAAUCGAUAUUUUAACCAUAGCCUAGAAUGCUCCCCUUUUAAUGUUUUCUUCUGAUUUUAAAAGAGAGAUGCAAAUAAAAAAAGUGAUUUCAUCCGAGAUCUCUAUUAGAAAUGAUUUACUUAUCGGGUGGUUAAUUUCGCAGAUUACGAAAAGCAUUUUUGCAUAGACUUAGUUUGUCUCUUUUGCUCCAACAUUUGCUUCCAUUUUUACUUUUUUCGACGAUUUUAUAUACAAAGUGUACAUUAAACAUGAAAUAAUACAUAGAAUAAUUUCAACCUUG